AUGAAACUUCUCAAAAACAUUUUGGUUCUAUUAUUUGCCUUAUUGCUCGUGAUCGAGAUAUAAGGUGCUGGUAGAGGAGGUGGCAGAGGUAGAAGCAGUAGAUCUAGUAGAUCAUCUUCAAGUUCUAGCUCAAGCUCUAGCAGUAGCAGUAGUAGUGGUAGUAGUAGCAGAGCUAGCACAAGUUCUAGUACAUCCACCGCUGCAAGAAGCACUAGAUCAUCUACUGCAACAAGUAAUGUAGUGAAAUCUACAUAUUCUACUGGCUAUAGAUAUCCAAGCACUUCAAGAGUUACAACUACCUACACCUACGUUAGAGCACCAACAGGCUCUUAUGGCACUUACAACUCUUAUUACAAUUACUACAAUCAUGGAAGAGGAUAUAACUAUUACACAAAAAACGGUUAUAGUUUACCAUUGAGCACAAACACCUCAAAUGGAACUAACAGCACUAACUCAUCUUCUAGUUCAGCUGUUAAGAAAUUGAUUGAAUAUACCGUGGGAGAUACCUAGUCUGAAACUGAAUUUUACUAUUAUCAAGGUGGCUAUUACUACUAUGUUAGAGCCAGUCCACAGGGAGGUUACUGGUGGAUCCCCGUCGCUGCAUUUCUCUUUAUCUUUAUGGCUUUCUUUAUUGCCUCAGUCCUACUAAUCAGGAUUCUGAGAAUCCAUUGUGAGACUGCAAUGUGCAUAUUGUUCUGCUGCAAAUGUAAAUCUUACAAGAAAAUCGAGUCUAAAAUAAUAUCUGACCUUGAAAGAACUCAAGGCUUGCCAUAAACAGAAAAAAAUGACUCUUCAGAUUCAGACAAAAAGAAGAAAAAGCAUCACAAGAAAGAUCAGGAAAAUUUUUCAAAAGUUGUUCCAGAUCACUCUUCAUACUAAUCCGAGCCAGAUUAGUCAAAGAGCGGAAAGCCUUUCGAUUUUUACAAUCCUUCUUUUACUCAAAAUCAGAACAGUAGUUAUCAAGUGAAUCCUGAUGGGUCAACAUUCGUUUAACCCUAGCUAUACCAAAGCAAUUCUGGAAAUCUCUAAAAAGUCUGA